UUUCUUCAUUGUCGACAGUCUCAGCUAGUUCAGUUAUUUUAUUUGGUGAUUGCAUUUUUUAAAUUUUAUUUUCUAGAGUAAAAAUCCAAGCCUCUGAUUUACGUUGGAAAAUAACAAUGUAGAUGAGUGACUGGUAACAGUGACAUAAAAAAAGGGGUUAGACUUAGAAAUUUGCUCUAGAUACUAAAAGUGACAGGAGAACAGAUAUUUCAAGCACUGGAUGGGUAUAAUCGCUGCCUCUCCACCUCUUUUUCACAACAUAACCCCGGCACCAUUUUGCUUGUACCCAUCCACCUCCCAUACGAAGCAGCUAGGGCGGGGGUGCUAGGGAUUGUAUGUGUGUGUCUGAAGGGUUUCGGAUUUUAGCUGCAGAAAGAAAGGGCAGUUUCGAGGAAGUGACGGACGAGACACAGGGGACUGGUCAGAGGAAGUUUGCCCGAUUGUGCUGCCGUGCUGCUGAACCAAACUUUUCCCCUCCUUGAACGCCAGCGGCACCGUGGAUCGGGACGGACGGAUCCAGCGGCGGAGGGAGCUACGCGAGCGGUACUGAGGAAUAACUUGAGAUUGGGAGAAAGAAGGGAUCGCAGAGGAAUUUCACUCCCGCAACCAAACCCCCCUCCUCCUCCCGCCCCCCUUUUCCUUCUCUUCCCCGCGCCUCCUCUGGUUCUUUUUUAUUACUGGGAUCCGCGAUGGGGAAGGAGCAGGAGCUCCUCGAAGCGGCGCGCACGGGGAACCUGGCCGCGGUGGAGAAGCUUUUAUCCGGCAAGCGACAGUCAGCCGGCAUCGGGAGCGGGUCGUCUGGGACCGCUGGAAGUGGCAACAGCGGCGGCCACGGCGCCUCCUCUCAUCCGCUCUCCAGUCUGCUCAGUAUCUGGAGAGGUCCCAAUGUGAAUUGUGUGGACAGCACUGGAUACACCCCCCUCCACCACGCCGCCCUCAAUGGACACAGUGAGGUGGUGGAGGCGCUGCUACGAAAUGAGGCCUUGACCAACAUCGCUGACAACAAGGGCUGCUACCCUCUCCACCUGGCUGCGUGGAAGGGAGACGAACAUAUUGUCAAACUGCUCAUUCACCAAGGACCUUCACACCCCAAACUCAACGAGCAGAGCUCUGUAGACCAUAAAGAGUUCAAACGCUGUGGGCCCUUUGACCCCUAUAUUAAUGCCAAGAACAAUGACAACGAAACACCGCUGCACUGUGCUGCCCAGUACGGCCACUCCCAGGUGGUGCGGCUGCUGCUGGAGGAGCUUACGGACCCCACCAUGAGGAACAACAAGUUUGAGACUCCGCUGGACCUAGCAGCGCUGUAUGGCCGCUUGGAGGUAGUCAAGCUGCUGCUCAGCGCCCACCCCAACCUGCUUAGCUGUAACACCAAGAAACACACGCCUCUGCAUCUAGCCUCUCGGAACGGACACCUGUCUGUGGUGGAAGUGCUGCUGGACGCUGGCAUGGACAUCAACUAUGAGACGGAGAAAGGCAGUGCCCUCCAUGAAGCAGCCUUGUUUGGGAAGGCAGAUGUGGUGCAGAAACUUCUCAGUGCAGGUAUCGAUGUGAAGAUUGUGGACCAGAAGGGCCUGACAGCGCUGGACACUGUCAAGGACAUGCCCUCACAGAAGAGCAGAGAGAUAGCUGCCCUCAUUCUAGGUCACAUGACUGGAAAACCCCCUGACAUUGACCUUCCACCUCCACCGAUCCCUCCACCUCAGGAGAGUCCCAGCCCACGGAAAAAGGGUGAUCUGGAGAAGGUGAGUGAGUUGAUCUCGGGGCUGGCACCCGGACCUGAGGAGGAGAGCCCAUACGAGGCUCUGUUUGAAGCCACCUCUUGCCACUCUCUGGACAGCCUCACCAGCGGCAAGUCCUCCGACAGAGACUCUGGACGGCCCGAUAGUGAAGCUGGCAAGAAAGAUCGCCCGGUCCACUCAUCACAUCCUGGUCCUGGGCAUGAGGAAGAGGUGAGCUCAGAGGCCCUCUAUACUAACAGCAGUAUUGAUGAAAGAGGUGAGCCAGUGGAGGAGGAGGAGGAUCACACAUAUGAGUUGUUGCUGACUGCACAGACCAAAGUCCCACCACCCAGCCAGGAGUCCAAAUCCCAUAAAGAUGAGACCACUAUACAGUCUUCCAACAGUGUCCUACCUCAGCGUAAACCCACUGCCCCAAAUGACCUCAGAGCCCCGAGCAAGACAAAAGACACCCUGCACCCCCCUGGACGGGCGGGCCACCGGGCAUCGGGAGAUAACUCCCAGCUCAGCCAGGAUCAGGGAGCAGGUGUCCCAGAGCAGUUCACCGGCCUCCUGCACGGAUCCUCUCCCGUCUUCGACUGCCGCGACGAGCCCUUCAGGCUUCCAGGUGUUCUGCCACCCAACCAAGGCCAGCCAGAAUCGAGAAAAUCUCCCAAAGUAAAAAAGGAAGUAGCAGCAGCUGCGCCGCCACCUAGCCGUCCCAGCAUGGCUGCCAUCCUGACAGACUGUGACCCAAAAGCGAUUUAUGCGACUGUGAACAAGGAGCACAGGGACUCAGGGGCCGGGGCAGGGUCUGCCGUCAGGAUGCGCCCUCCCGGGGACCUGAAACUGGCACGCAGCCUCUCCAAGUCUGACUCAGACUUGCUUGUGUCGCCUCCUAGCGAGGAGGAAGGAGGACUGGGAAACCGUAGCGAGUCUGUUUCUAACUGUAGCACUGGCAAGAAGAGACUUGAGAAGUCUCCCUCCUUCACCUCAGAAUGGGACGAGCAGACACAGAUGACUUCUACCACCACAAAACAACGAAGAUCUAAUUCCUUUGACAGCAUCGAGAAGAUCAUGACACUGAUUGGCGCUGGAAUCGAUUUUUCCAGGGAUCAGCAGUAUGCUACACCAGCAGGUGCUGCAGGCCGGCUGCUGGACCAGCCCGUGGGAGACUGGCUGGAGCACGUGGGGCUGCCGCAGUACGAGAGCAAGCUGCUCCUCAAUGGUUUCGACGACCUGCACUACAUGGGGAGCAAUGUAAUGGAGGACCAGGACUUGAGAGAGAUUGGGAUCACAGACCCGAGCCACAGAAAGAAGAUUCUGCAUGCAGCACGUUCAUUACCCAAGGUGAAAGCGCUCGGCUGUGACGGCAGCAGCUCCCUGUCCUCCUGGCUGGAGAAUCUAGGACUGCACGAGUACUUGCACAACUUCCUGGCCAGCGGCUACCGCACUCUGGACUGCGUUAAAAACCUGUGGGAACUGGAGAUUGUCAAUGUCCUGAAGAUCACCCUACUUGGUCACAGGAAACGCAUCAUUGCUUCCUUAGCAGAGAGACCCUAUGAGGAGCCUCCAGUCAAGCCUCCUCGUUUGUCUCAGAUCAGGUGCCAAGACCUGCCUGGAUCCCAGACCUCGUCUCCCCUCAGUCAGAUGGAGUCCUACACAGGACGCUCUAUGGACCCCCUGCUGCCUGUGGGAGAGCCAGGGAGGAAAAAAGUGUCAGAUACCGACUACGACGUUACCCAAAGAUAUCGCAGUGAACGACACAGGACUCAUGAACGGUAUGAAGAACGGCAUCGAGAGCCUCGUCUGACCCUGCGGCCACCCAGUCUGGCAGCACCUUACACCCCAGUCCAGAACUGGCAUCACCAACCUGAGAAGCUCAUCUUCGAAUCCUGCGCUUACGAAGCCAAUUACCUUGGUUCCAUGCUUAUUAAGGAUCUACGGGGUACUGAGUCCACGCAGGAUGCUUGUGCCAAAAUGCGGAGGUCAACAGAACAAAUGAGAAAAGUCCCGACCAUCGUCCUCUCGAUCACCUACAAGGGUGUGAAGUUCAUCGAUGCAGCUAAUAAGAACAUCAUCGCAGAGCACGAGAUCCGAAAUAUCUCCUGUGCAGCCCAGGACCCGGAGGACCUGUGUACAUUUGCCUACAUCACCAAGGACCUGCAGACCAGCCACCACUACUGCCAUGUGUUCAGCACAGUAGACGUGAACUUGACCUAUGAGAUUAUACUGACCCUGGGCCAGGCGUUCGAGGUAGCCUAUCAGCUGGCUCUGCAGGCCCAGAGGACCAAACAGCACCAUAACCUGCCAGCGGGACCUGGAUCAGAGGUCACUGAGGUCAAGUCCGGCCGACCCGUACCCAAACCACGAGGCAGCGUGCGGAAGUCAGCGGGGGACAUUGUGGAGCAGGAAGGGGAUGCUCAGUCCCAGGGCAGCGCCACGUGGCUCGUGGACCCCAAGGAAUCCAAGCGCACUAUCAGCACUAAGCGACGGCCACUCUGAGGCUUUUCAUUCUGAUCUUUCAACUCCUGACUCGUCCGAGCGCCGAGAAAAUCUGAUUUACCACAGCCAAGAGUGACCACACUGCACACAUCCUUUGUACCUGGACGGACAUGUUUCCAGAAGAAACUGAGAAAUUGGUCCUGUAAAUUCUAUGCAUCAGUUGGACUUUAGCAGACUGUUUCUGUUCAGUGGGAUGCAGGUUGUGGGAGCUGUAGAGGUUACGCAGGAUUAACUAAGGGGGCGAUUUGUUUCACUGUCAGCAGUCUGCUCGAAGCCAAAAGAGGCUAAGAUCCUAGCACUGUGAUAAGGUCCUUUUGGAGCUAAUGAAGUAAGCAUUUCGGGGGAUUUUCUUGUUGGGUGGGGGGGAAACAAAACAGGGCGCAGAGCCUGAUAUGGACCCGCAUGUUAGUGGUCCCGGACAGUCCUGAAAGACUGGCAUGCCCUCGUCUAUCAAUCAGAGCACCAGGAGUUAACCUGAUGCUUCUUCUGGAGUGAACUAACUAUGACUAAGCACUUUUACCAAAUCCCCAAGUGUGUAAGAAUAAGUGCAUCUUCCUCUGUCCUGUCUUUUUUUUCUUCCUCUUUUCACGACAAAUGCCUUCUAUGUUCAUCCUGUCAACAUUGCCUUUUGCUUUGCCAAUCACGCCAUGUUAAUAUUUCACUGCUGCCAGUGAAAAGAGUUAAUCAUUAUAGAGGGGGAUAAUCCAUCACCAUCAUGCUGUUUGUGUCCAUCAGUUCUUUAAGUUUUUUUUUCUUUUUUUAUUCUUUAUUUUAACCUCACUGCUUUGUGUGCAUGUGUGUCUGUGUCCCUUCCCUAUAGUUGAACACUGUGGCCACUCCCAGCCAGUAAGAAAGGACAGGAACAAGCCCUGUUGCAUGGUGGGUAGGAUGUUUUUAUUGGAAAAGUGACCCACUUUCCCAUGCAGCAGGAUCGCGUCACCAGUCGGACUGUGCUCGCAGCUCGCCACGGUAACACACACACAAGGGGGGCCCGGAGACACAUAAGACGUAAAGCUUUCAACACUGCACGCUCCAUCGGUUCAUCUGACCUCACCGACUUCAUCACUUGACAUACACACACGCGCGCCUCUAUUUAGCCUCCUGUCCGUCAAGCGAUGGUUGUGCCAGCCAGAUGUAUUUGUUGUGCUCUGUGCGUUUCCUGAGAAAUGAAUCGUCGGCUCUCUGCCUCCCUACAUGGAGAGAUAGUGUUUACUCUUUCAGGAGAUUUACCUGCAGGUUUCAAUGCAGAACCUGUCAUUAAAGGGGAAGUGGCUGAGAUGAGGAACAUAAAAUUAUCUGUUGUGAUACCAAGGUACAAACUGUCAAUAAGUGACCUCACACUGUAGGUACACACUCCCUCCUGAAUCAUUUGUCCUGUAUCCAAACAUUGUAGCGUCUCUUCAUGACCAUCUGCUUCUCAUACAUGUAUAACUGUGAUAAACGAUAUCAUCUUGCACGGGAGGAACUCUCUAACCAAACUCAAAGGGCAGAGGAACUGACACUACAAAGACUGUUUUAUAGCAAUGUAACAGGGGGUGGCUUUUAUUUGAUUUGAAAGUUCUCUCUCUCUCGCUCUCUUUUUUUUUUUUUCUUAUGUUUUAAUUUUUUUAUAGGACAAUGACACGUCCUAAUGCAGGAACUGGAUCAGGUGUGGUUCACUGCUGUUCUCUCUUUCUCCUUCCCUGUUUCUUUGUUCAGUUAAUCUAGACAAGAUUAUUCACCAAACCUGCCAUGCAGGCUGGUACAUCUUUAGAUUUUAGCUGCGGAACAGAACAAUAGGGCACAGCAUGUCUCUCCUAGCUAACUCCCAGUAUGUUGACUGUUAAUGGUACUCUUUUUUGGUCAGCUGAUGUGUAUAUGGGUAUGUAGUCAGGUCGUUUUUUGAUUUAACUGUUGUAUAUGUGGUACGUUGUCAGGCCAGUACGAUAACUCUAUGGUACACUGUCUUCAGCUCGCUGGUGUCGGCACCUUCAGCCAUCAGCCUGGUCCCGUUCUGCUUUUGCACAUUGCUAAGGAUCAGGAGCGAUAUUCUGGGACUAAUCUGAUGACAACAAUGAUGAGAAUGAAAUUGUACAUGAAUCAAGCGGUCUGUAUUUUGAUACUUGAAUGAUUUUUGCUUUUAUAGAUAUCUAUAUAUAUAUAUAUAUGUAUAUGUAUGUAUGUACGUAUGUAAUUUUUGACGUUUGUCAAAAGAAAGAAAAGGACUAUGUCUUAUAAAGUAAAACAUAUCGUGAAUAAAUACCCUGUGAUUUAAAAAAAAAAAAAAAAGGCUGAGAAAACAAUGACUCAGAAGAGGGACCUCACUUCAGAAAAAAAGAUUGUAAAUAAUCUUGGGCUUCCAGUCUUUUUUAUGAUUAUUUUUAAUAAUUGUACAACUAAUAAAUGGCGCAAUUAGAAAUGCUG